AUGUUUGAUGAGGAGAAGGGAGGAGUUGCUACGGCCGAAAGAUCCACAGUUGGAGAUGAUGGGCAACAAGAUGUUGCUGCACCUUCACCGCCGGCGUUUGAUCCCAGGGAUAAUCCUGAUGGUGGAAGAGAUGCUUGGUUGGUUGUGCUGGGUGCUUUCUGUUGCAUGUUUUGCAGUUUUGGAUGGAUCAAUUGCAUUGGAGUAUUUCAAGAGUACUAUGAAACGCAUCAACUACGAGGGCAGAGUCCCAGCACAGUAUCAUGGAUUCCGUCCAUGGAGACCUUUCUGAUGUUCUUCCUCGGCCCGUUCAUUGGCUACUUCUUUGACUGUUAUGGUCCUCGAUAUAUCUUGAUGACAGGGACUUUUUUCCACGUUUUCGGUGUUAUGAUGGCUAGUCUUGCCACAGAUUACUAUCAGAUUAUGCUGUCCCAGGGCAUCUGCAGUGCUGCCGGAGCAAGCAUGUGCUUCUACCCAGCAAUGAGUGUGAUGCCUACCUGGUUCUUCAAGAAGCGUGCCGCUGCCUUUGGUAUCAUGGCUGCAGGCUCCUCGACUGGCGGUGUCAUCUUUCCAAUCAUGGUCAACAAACUUAUCCUCAGGAUUGGAUUUGGCUGGACGAUGCGCGUCUGCGGCUUCCUCAUCCUCGCUCUCAUGCUCGUCGCCAAUGCAACCGUCAAGUCACGUCUGCCUCCCCGACCAAAGACCUUUCACAUCAUGCAAUUCAUCCGGCCCCUCAAGGAAACACCAUACUUGCUCACUGUACUCGGAAGCUUUUUUUUCUUCUUUGCAAUGUUCUUGCCGAUCAACUAUCUCAUCCUCCAAGCAGAGACUUUGGGUAUGUCGUCAAGACUUGCAGAGUACUUGAUCCCCAUCUUGAAUGGCGCAUCCUUCUUUGGCCGCGUGUUGCCCGGCGUCGCAGCCGACAAGAUUGGUCGUUACAAUGUCAUGACCAUCAUGAUGGCUUUCGCUGGAGUCUUGAUUCUCGCUCUGUGGAUGCCUGCCGCUUCCAACGCUCCCAUCAUUGUCUUUGCUGCUUUGUAUGGCUUUGGCAGUGGGUCCUUCGUCUCUUUAGCUCCCUCUUUGGUGGCUCAAAUCUCAGAUGUCAGAGAGAUCGGAGUGAGGAAUGGUACGGUGUUUGCGAUCAUUUCGUUUGCUGCCCUGUGCAGCAAUCCCAUUGGUGGAGCGCUGAUUGUCAAGUGGAAUGGUGAGUACACUGGUCUUCAGAUCUUUGGAGGAAUCAUGGCCUUGAGUGGUGCUUGUACGAUUUUGGCGGCGAGGAUUGUGCUGGCUGGGACGAAGGUUGCUGUCAAGGUGUAG